CCAAGAACUAGAACAUUAGUUGCCAACUGGGUUCCAAUUUGUUUGUUUUUUCAUACAUUCAUCUGUGGCCGGUUUUUCAUCUUUUGUGAAGCUGUUUACGAAAUUUGCAGUGAUUGGUAAAGGGGUUUGUGAGGUUAAGAAGUUUUCCUCAAAGGAAAUGGCUGGGGAUAUUGUUAUAAAUGAAGAUAUAGCAAGUCUUGAACCAGUUGUAGAUCUUGAUAGCCAGAAAGAUUCAAAGAAGAGCAAGUCCAAAGAUGAAACAAAAAAGACAGUACCGUUGCACAAGCUUUUCUCAUUUGCUGAUCCUUUGGAUUAUUUGCUGAUGUCUGUGGGGACAGUGGGUGCUAUUGGGAAUGGAAUCUCCAUGCCCUUAAUGACUUUAAUAUUUGGAAAUAUGAUCAAUGCAUUUGGAGGAUCCACAAACUCAAAAGAAGUUGUGGAUGAGGUUUCCAAGGUGUCUCUGAAAUUUGUGUACUUGGCUGCGGGUACCUUUGUUGCUUCACUUUUGCAGUUGACUUGCUGGAUGAUCACUGGGGAGAGACAGGCUGCAAGAAUAAGAGGCUUAUACCUUCAAACAAUUCUAAGGCAAGAUGUUAGUUUCUUUGAUAAGGAAACUAAUACUGGAGAGGUUGUUGGAAGAAUGUCAGGUGAUACUGUUCUUAUUCAAGAUGCCAUGGGUGAGAAGGUGGGACAGUUCAUACAGUUAAUAGCAACUUUCUUCGGAGGUUUUGUAAUAGCAUUCUUCAGGGGAUGGCUUCUAACAGUUGUCAUGCUAUCAUGUAUUCCACUUAUUGUCUUGUCUGGUGCUAUGAUGAGCACGGUUAUUGCAAAAACAUCAUCCAGUGGACAAACAGCUUAUUCUAAAGCAGCAAGUAUAGUAGAGCAGACAAUAGGUUCUAUCCGAACUGUUGCAUCAUUCACUGGGGAGAAGCAAGCUAUAGCUAAAUAUGAUCAGUCCUUAAUCCAAGCUUACAAGACUGGAGUGCAAGAGGCAGUAGCUUCUGGUUUGGGGUUUGGUUCACUCUUUUUUGUUGUUAUCUCCACUUAUGGUUUGGCUGUAUGGUUUGGUGGGAAAAUGAUAAUAGAGAAAGGAUAUACAGGAGGGGAGGUUGUGACUGUAAUUUUUGCUGUUUUGACUGGCUCCAUGUCUCUUGGGCAGGCAUCUCCAAGCUUGAGUGCUUUUGCUGCAGGACAAGCUGCAGCCUUUAAGAUGUUUGAAACAAUUAAAAGGAAGCCAGAAAUUGAUUCUUAUGAUGCUACUGGUCGGCAACUUGAUGACAUUCGUGGAGAUAUAGAUCUUAGGGAGGUUUGCUUUAGUUAUCCUACAAGACCAGAUGAAAUGAUAUUCAAUGGAUUUUCUCUUUCAAUACCAAGUGGAACUACUGCAGCUUUGGUAGGGCAAAGUGGGAGUGGGAAAUCAACAGUUGUUAGUUUGAUAGAGAGGUUUUAUGAUCCACAGGCUGGUGAAGUUCUCAUUGACGGUAUCAACCUCCAAGAAUUUCAACUGAAAUGGAUCAGACAGAAAAUAGGCCUAGUUAGCCAGGAACCAGUACUCUUUACUUGUAGCAUUAAAGAGAAUAUUGCCUAUGGCAAGGAUGGUGCAACCGAUGAAGAAAUCAGAGCUGCAUCAGAACUUGCUAAUGCUGCCAAAUUUAUAGAUAAACUUCCUCAGGGUCUAGACACAAUGGUUGGUGAGCAUGGAACUCAGCUCUCUGGGGGUCAAAAGCAGAGAAUAGCAAUAGCAAGAGCGAUUUUGAAAGAUCCAAGAAUUCUACUUCUUGAUGAGGCUACAAGCGCCCUUGAUGCUGAAUCUGAGAGAAUUGUACAGGAGGCAUUGGACAGAAUAAUGAUCAACCGAACAACUGUCAUUGUAGCCCACCGCUUAAGUACUAUAAGGAAUGCUGAUACCAUUGCUGUUAUUCAUCAAGGAAAAAUAGUUGAAAGAGGUUCACAUGCUGAACUCACCAAGGAUCCUGAUGGAGCCUAUAGUCAGCUCAUUAGACUGCAAGAAAUUAAGGGGUCAGAAAAGAAUGUUGCAUAUGACAAAGACAAGCCAGAAAGUAUAGUUCAUUCCGGAAGAAUAUCAAGUCAAAGACAUUCUUUCUUACGAUCUUUAAGUCAAGGGUCAUCUGGAGUUGGAAACAGUGGUCAUCACUCAUUCUCAGCAUCAUUUGGUGUACCCACAUCAGUAGGCCUCUUGGAACCUGCGGGUGGAGGACUUGAAGCUCCUCCUUCAACAGAUUCUUUACCACCACCACCAGAAGUGCCACUUUCUCGCCUAGCUUAUUUAAACAAGCCUGAGAUUCCAGUCUUACUGAUAGGGACUAUAGCUGCAGUGAUACAUGGAGUAAUAAUGCCCACUUUUGGGCUCUUGCUUUCCAAAAUGAUAACUAUUUUCUAUGAGCCAGCUGAUAAACUUCGUAAAGAUUCAAAAGUUUGGUCAUUAGUAUUUGUUGCUCUUGGUGUGGUAUCAUUACUCAUUUUUCCAUGUAGAUUCUACUUUUUUGGUGUUGCUGGUGGUAAGUUGAUCAAAAGGAUCAGGAAAAUGUGUUUUGAGAAAGUAGUUCACAUGGAAGUAAGUUGGUUUGAUGAGGCUGAGCAUUCAAGUGGAGCACUAGGAGCAAGGCUCUCAACUGAUGCAGCUUCUGUUCGAUCUUUGGUUGGGGAUGCACUUGGUUUGCUGGUUCAAAAUAGUGCUACAGCAAUAGCUGGCUUGGUAAUUGCUUUUGAAGCGAGUUGGCAGCUUGCUUUUAUAAUCCUUGCUUUGGUGCCUCUAUUAGGACUAAAUGGAUAUGUGCAAUUCAAGUUCUUGAAAGGAUUCAGUGCAGAUGCAAAGAAAUUGUAUGAGGAAGCAAGUCAAGUGGCGAAUGAUGCUGUAGGGAGUAUAAGAACAGUUGCUUCUUUCUGUGCUGAACAGAAGGUGAUGGAAUUAUACCAGGAAAAAUGUGAAGGACCAAUUAAAACAGGCAUAAGGCGAGGGAUAAUAAGUGGAAUUGGUUUUGGGUUUUCAUUCUUCACGCUGUAUGCUGUUUAUGCAUGCAGUUUUUAUGCAGGAGCUCGACUUGUAGAGGAUGGCAAAUCAACAUUCUCAGAUGUUUUCCGUGUCUUUUUUGCUCUCAGCAUGGCAGCUAUCGGAGUCUCGCAAUCUGGCUCUUUGGUCCCUGAUUCAACUAAAGCAAAAAGUGCUGCUGCUUCCAUAUUUGCUAUUCUUGAUAGGAAGUCACAAAUAGACCCCAGUGAUGACUCUGGAAUGACAUUGGAAGCAGUCAAGGGAGAAAUUGAGUUGAAACAUGUCAGUUUCAAGUAUCCUACCAGACCUGAUGUUCAAAUAUUCAGAGAUCUUUGCUUGACCAUUCAUAGUGGCAAGACAGUUGCAUUGGUUGGAGAAAGUGGAAGUGGAAAAUCAACAGUGAUCUCAUUACUACAAAGAUUUUAUGACCCAGAUUCAGGUCACAUUACACUGGAUGGAAAAGAAAUCAAAAUGCUACAAGUUAAAUGGUUAAGACAACAAAUGGGCCUGGUAAGCCAAGAGCCUGUGCUGUUUAAUGACACCAUCCGAGCCAAUAUUGCUUAUGGAAAGGGAGGGGAUGCAACUGAGGCAGAAAUUAUAGCUGCAGCUGAACUGGCAAAUGCCCACAAAUUCAUUAGUAGUUUGCAGAAGGGUUAUGACACAAUAGUAGGGGAGAGAGGAGUUCAACUCUCUGGGGGACAGAAGCAGCGGGUGGCAAUUGCACGAGCCAUAGUGAAGAAUCCAAAGAUAUUACUACUAGAUGAAGCCACUAGUGCACUUGAUGCUGAGUCUGAAAAAGUGGUUCAGGAUGCACUUGACCGAGUUAUGGUUGAUAGAACCACAAUAGUAGUGGCACAUAGGUUAUCCACUAUUAAGGGUGCAGAUUUAAUUGCAGUAGUUAAGAAUGGGGUCAUAGCAGAGAAGGGAAAGCAUGAAGCAUUACUUAAUAAGGGAGGUAACUACGCUUCCUUAGUAGCAUUGCACACGAGUGCUUCUUCAUCUUAGACUCCUUUUGUCCAAGUAAAAUCAGUUGCUAAGGAUUCUUUUUUCCUUCUCAAUGAUUGGUCAAGUUUAAAUACCAC